AUGAUCGCCCAAUACACCGCGGACGACCAGCGAUCCUGGGACCAGCUACUGCCAGAGAUCUCGCUCGCAGUGAAUUCCAGCAUCUCGGACAGCACGGGAUUCAGCCCCGCCUAUUUAGUCCAGGGCCGCGAGCCACGCCUGCCGGGGGCCUGGUACGACAAGGUGACCCCGAGCUCAAGUACCACGCCACAGCCACCCGAUGACCGGGCUAAAGGAUUACAGGAGGCAUAUGCCAUCGCACGAGAGAACAACGAGCGGGCAUCCCAGGAACAGCAGCGGUACUACAAUUUACGGCGGCGCGCUUGGCGACCGUUGGUGGGAUCAUGGGUGCUGGUCCGUACCCUUCACCUGUCCAAGGCCAGCGAGGGAUUCAACGCCAAGUUGGCUCCGAAGUACACCGGACCAUACAAAGUGGUGAAGUUCCUGUCCCAUAAUGUAGUGCUCCUACAACUGCGGGGCUCUAGGAAACGGCGGACUGCCAGUCUCCCGGAUCUCAAAGAGUACAGGACCGGAGAAGCCGACGACGAAGAAGAUACAGCGGACAACGAGGCAGAGCCAUACACAGAAGCGUUCGCCUCCGAACCCCCAAACGUGGAUCCAGAAGACUCCCAAGCUCUGGGGGACCAGCAGGAGAUACUCGGCCAGGAGAGCAACCAGGAUGCCCAAGUCACUGAGCAGCGUACCCAGCCCAAGAAAGCCACCCAUCGACGAGUACACUCCGAAUAA